CUUGUUGUAUAUUGUAUUGUGGUGUCAGAUCGCAGUCGAGCAUGAAUUUUGUGAACAGAAAUAGUUUCGACUAGUCACUAAGCACAUGUGAUGUGCCUUGCAAACUUGCACAAGCUUCUGAGAAUUCCAAAUUUUCAUCUGAACAUUGAACUCAUCUGGUUACAAUAUAUACAUCAUAUCAAGUUAGCUGCAUAGUAGCCCUGCACCCUUGUCUCCACAAAGACGAGAACCGGAUUUCGAAUUGACAAUGAAACGUGCUAACACAUCUACCUCUACUCCCAAGAUCAUUCUCAAACCGCGCCUCGCCCAAACGCCAGCUACGCCUUCUAUCGUUGAUGAGGAUGUCGAUGACGACUCUGCCGAAGAAGGCGAACUCCAGACCAAGAGAGAGGAUUCAGAGGGUGUGCUUGACGAAGACGAGCCUGGCGAUGAGGAACCCGAUGAAGGUGCUGUAGAGGGUGAAGGAGACGAGGGCGAAGGCAGUGGAACGGAGGAGGUUGGGCCUGAAGGCGUGGAGCCACGACCGUUCCCUCGCCCACGGGGACGCCCGCGUGGAAGAGGGCGAGGUGCAGCCCCCAUUGGUCCUGGUCGCGCAAGAGGGCGCGGGAGAGGAAGGGGGCGGGGGCGGGGGCGGGGUCGUGGGUCUUUGACUAUUCGAUUGCCAAAACGCGACGGCGAAGAGGCUGACGACGCUGAAGCAGAGGAAGGGGAGCAAGAUGGUCGACCAUUCAUGCGAGUAGCAGGAAAGGUAUACUUCAUUGACGGCGACGAGUUUGUCACAGACCCGGAUGAGAAAGGUGACGAGAAGGUUGAUGCUGAUGGCAAUCUUCUGGGAGGUCGUAAGUUCAAAUGCCACACCUUUGUGCUACCCCAGCGGCACCCAAGUCGACAGUAUAUGCUCGCCAUCGAUGCCGCGCGUGCGUCAGGUUUUCGUGAUUCUCUAUAUUUCUUCCGACGUAAUCCGCUCGCGCUCAAGCUCUCCGCUACACAGCCCGAAAAGGAGUUCCUCAUCUCUGCAGGGAAGCUAGGUGCACACCUGAAGACGCGCAGCGUCACCCUCGUCACGGCACGCAGUGCAUAUAAACUCCAUGGCGCCAAGAUGAUCCUGGAUGGCCGCUGGGUUACAGAUGACUACUACGAAUCAAAAUCUCUCGCUGAGAUCACAGAAAAAGGACUUAAACCAGGCGACCUCGUCGGCGAGCUUCCAGACCCCUUGGGUACCUCAUCUCAAACGGCACCUUCAGGCCAGCAGCCCACCACCUCUACAACAUCAGGUAUAUAUCGAGCGGGAGGACCUACGACCAUUUUCGGGAGCACUGGUUGGGGACCGUUUAGUGAUGGACCACACAGCGCGGUGCGUAAAUCGCUGCUAACACGGGAGGGCCUCACGGAAGAGAACUGGAUGGCGGAGGCUGCAAGGCGUGUCGGAGAUGCUGGUGAGGAAUGGGCGCGAAUGAGAAGGGAGGCAAGGGUUGCGUGUGGUGGGAUCCUUGGCGAUGGACUUGACAAGGGGAAGGGGAAGGAAGUGCAGGUCGCCCAGGGAGAGGAGAAGCGAGCAGUAACUGAGGAGCUGGAUGGCACAGAGAGGCCGAAGAGAGCGAGAGCUGAGGAAUCACAGUAUCCACUUGGUGUGUAUGAGCCACACACGGGACUGGUCCAUUAUCGUGCAGACACGCAACCUACCCGCUGUCGCUGGGAACAAGUUGGACAGCGGAAGAUGCUUCGGGGAACGAAGGCAGGGAAUGGCGCUUGGGCGCUUGCGUGGGUCGAUACACACAUCGAACUACCCACGCCCAAAGAGACAGAUCCAUAUGCACGAACGAGAGCAGAGAUUUUGGAGGCAGUAGGUGAGAUGUGUUAGGAGAUCAAUGAUCGAUCAGAUUCUGUCCUUGUCAGCACAAUGCAAAGGUCGUGAAUGAAGUUCCGUUAUAUCCAGGGUCCUACCAAGCUUGGACUGAUUGUGUAACGAAAACAAGGUCACCAUGCAUGUAAG